AUGUACGAUCCUUAUAAAUAUACUAAAACGAGAGAGGAUGAAUCGAAUGAAAACGAUAAUUUUAGUAUUGACGAGGAAGAGGAUAAAAAAAAAAAAGGGGAAUCACUUUUUUCAAAAAAUUUUUUCGAUUAUUUAAUAAAUAAAAGUUUUAAUUGUAAUACGAACGAAUUAAAAACACCUUUCGACGAUUAUAAAACACUUUUAAAUACAAGAGAAUAUAAAACGGAAUCAUCGGAUGAAAUAACGGAUUACGCGUCGGAUCAAUCAAAUAAAUUCACUCAGUGUAAUUUACCAAUAGAUUCCGAAGAAGUAACAAUAACCGAAGAAUUAAAACCGUUUUUAUCAAACAUAAGCGUUCUUUUAAACGAAUUAGAAAUUAAUAAUUGUCGAGAAUCCGUUGAAUUUAAAUGUUUGCAUAACAUGUUGACGAAAAUAAUUGCUUUCGUAACGGAAAUAAUGAAAAGACCUCUAUCAGAACACGAUCCUGAAAAAAAAACAGAAUUUCAUAAAAGUUUAGAAAAAAAUUUAGAAACCAUAUUGAACGUUAUAACGGAUUAUAGGAAAAAUUCCGUUACGGAUUUAGAUGUGGGAAUUCGAGAAUUUAAACGUAUCGAAAGAGAAAUCCUUCAAAAUGAAUAUCAUAUUUCGGAAGCGACGAAAAAAUGGGAAGAACGUUUUAAAGUAUUACCAGAAUGUAGUAAUAUCGAUAUAAGACUUGCUAAUAGCAUACUAGCAAAUGAAAAAUUAAAAGCCAUUAUUAAAUUUAAUCAGAGUCAAAUUAAAAAAUAUAAAAAAAUGAUUAUCGAAAAAGAAUGGACGAAACACAAACAGGAAAAUGAUAUUGCACAUUAUAAAAAAAAAUUAUCCAAAAUUGAUUUGACUAUGGAAAAUGAUGUCUCCAAUACAAAAUAA